AUGGAGUCACUGAACAUAACAAUUCUUAUAUUUUCCUUAAUAAUCUUAAUCUUAACUCCUCCUUCCAUAGCCCAAAACUCCCCUCAAGACUUUCUUUCCACCCACAAUCAGGCUCGUGCAGAAGUCGGCAUCCCACCCCUCGUCUGGAAUGACACGGUUGCAGCCUACGCUCUAAACUAUGCGAACGAAAGGUAUGCGGAUUGCGAGCUCGAGCACUCGCAAGGGCCCUAUGGCGAAAACCUGGCGGAGGGGUGGGAGAAAUUGGCUGCUGGAGAUGCAGUCAGCAUGUGGGUUGGGGAGAAAUCUUGCUAUGAUUAUGACACAAAUUCUUGCGUUGGUGGAGAAUGCCUGCAUUAUACGCAGGUGGUUUGGAGGGAUUCAGUUCAUCUUGGUUGUGCUGGGGUUCACUGCAGUAAUGGUUGGUUUUUUGUGAUAUGUAACUAUGAUCCACCUGGAAAUUAUAUUGGCCAACGUCCUUACUGA